UAAUUUUUAACUAAAAUAAUUAAAAAUAAAACUAUAAGUUAAGGAUGAUCCAUUUUAAGUUUUGCAAAUUACUAAUAAUUUAUGUAGAUAAUCGGAAUUGGUAAAACCGGUUCUACAUAUUUCGAAAAUGUUGCGGCAAUCAACUAUCGCGUGUCGAUGUGUGGGUGAUCGAGUACAUAUAACGCGUCAUCUAGAUUCAAUUUCUGUUGUUGACACUUUGUUGCGAGUCCCGAUCGAUAAAGCAAAUUCUUCUCGCGCGAUAAUUUGCUCGUUUUACCCCCGCUGCUCCGAGCUACAGCUGUAUCUGGCAAUUCUGACUGACACUGUUGGGCACUGUGUUUUGUGUUUCGCCAAGGUACGCCAGCCGUGCGGAUAUGUCAGAAUUACGAGAGUGGUUUUCGCAAUCGCGUAAUGUCGGUGGCAAGUGACGCACCGGCGCUUCUCGCGGCACGCUAUCUCUGCAAAAUGAUGUUAAGCGGAUAAAUUAUGCCACGAAAGGAGAACACCAAAGCGAAAACAUGGGAGCGAGAUCGAAGAAACCGUAUGAACGCGUACUUCAAGACAUUGGCGGACCUUCUGCCACCGCAUCAGGAAGGUCGCAAGCGCAACAAGGUCGAUAUCCUGAUCCACGCCUCAAAGUACAUAAAGGACCUCCAUAGUCGUACUGAGGAGUUAUUCUCCACUCAUGCUUCUGAAGCACACAAGGAAGAAUUGGCUCGUUUAAAGAAGCUUGUGAUGCAACUGAUGUCUCGUACUCAAUUACUGUCAACUCUUCUCAAGGAGGCAGGAAUUUCUGUACCAGCUGAGCCAGCCCUCGAAAAGAUAUCUCCUUUGAAAUGGUCGAAUAAAAUUAAUAUGGACGAUGUGGACAAGUAUUUUGAUAAGAUUGAAGAAAAAAAAACUUUAGAGAAGAAAAAGGAGAAAUUCACAGAGAAUAAAGUGCCUUCCAAGAAAAAAUCUACAACACCGUCUGCUUCAAAAAAGUUAUCCGAGGAAACUGCCAUUAUGAAGAAUGUCCAUAAUUCGAUAGAGAACCAGGAGAAUCGAGUGAACUGUGUCAAUAAUAAAAACUAUAAUUCCGAUAGUACAAGUAGUCCAGCUGGUACUGGCUCGAAGGAAACGGAACGUUGUCAAAAUGAUUCUAUCAAUGAAACGACUGCGACACAGAUUACAACAACUGAUACGAAAAAGAAAACUUUGGAUAAGAAAGUCGAGUCUCAAAAGUCAUUGAAGAAGAAACUCAAACGCAAGAAUAAGAAGAACUCGACACUGCCCUCUGUGGCAGCCAACACCGUCACUAAUUUAACUCCUAAUACCCUCAUUUUAUCUGGUGGCAAACUGAUGCCCCUCGUAGCUCCGAUGACGUCAAACAUUAUUGUGAAUACGCAGCAAGCGCCGACGAAUCCGAUAAUUCUCGGUAACACGCAACAAAAUCAAAUGAUCGUGAUGCAGCCAUUGGCAAAUCGCGUUCAAAAUUCCGUCGUUUCCAUAUGCAAUCACGCUCUAAUUAACACCGUGCAAAAGGUUACUCUGAAUACCGUACCGAGUAUUCAUACGAAUAUGGUUGUCGAUUCUCACAAUUGGGCCUCUAAUGUAAAGAAUGUAAUUAAUGCCACGAAGAUUGGCGGACACAAAGGUAUCUUACCGAAAGGCAAAGAAAUCACUAAGACGACUAUGACCUACAAAGUGCCUAUUCCAGCGAUACACAAAGAGAAAGUGGAGAAGCCUAAGGAUAGCACGGGCAAGAAGGAAUCAGAAGUGAAAGCGAAGAGUAGCAAGAAUUAUUCCAAGAAUCACAAAAGUAUUCAUAGUGCGCCAGAAGUAACUGAAGAGUUAAAUAUUGAGAAAUCGUCGAAGGAGGAUCCUACUAAGACUGAAGAAGACUCAACUGCUUCGCGAAAAAGCACGCUUAAACGUGGCUUAGUCGCGGAAUCUGAUUCCGCGGACAGACCAGAGGACAAGAAACGGAAAGACGCAAACGGCGAAGCGAAAUCCGCCCAACCGAUUCCCACGAAGACGACAGAUUUCACCGCCACUUGUAAGUCUAUCGUGAGUUUGAAGCACGUUAUAGAAAAAAUAGGGGAAAACAUCGGAGAUGAGAAUGCAACUGUCAGCAACGAAAAGGAAUCUGUCGUCACGAAAUCAAAUAACACUGUUACUCAAGCAACAAACGAUACUGAAUCUCGCGAAGAAACGUCCACGGUGAGCAAUUUGAUGGACAUCGCGGACACGAAUUGCUUUGAUAUGAACAAGAAAACGACUGAGGAGGACGCUAUCGCAUCGCAGAUAACUGUCGCCCCGGACAAAUUUUCCAGCGAGUCGCACGAAACAGAUGCAUCUGAUCGAUCAUCCAAUGAAUUCAAUAUAUCAAUAGAUAGUAUAGCGGAAAAGAGUGGCGGAAACAUAGAGCACUUGGACGCGAAGUCGACUUUAACGGAUGUUGAAGUGGCAGAGAAGGCUGUCGGUUCGGAUGGACCAAAGAAAACGUGUAAUCUGGGCACGCGUUUCGACAGUCUUUUACGCGUGGCGACGGCCAAAGAGCAACAACGGGUCAACGACGUGGAAAGCAACAAAAUUAUUCUGAAUUUGGAUACGAAUACUACGACAACGAUGAAGUCCGACGCGAACAUUGUUGAUGUUGCGACGUCGGUUUCGGUAUCGUCCUCAUCGUCAUCGUCAUCGUCAUCGACGUUGUCGUCAUCGUCAUCGCCACUAAUAACUAACGUGGUCAAUGACGAGACUAAAUUAACUUCGAAGACUUCGAAGGACGAAAUGUCUAAGUUACCGUACACUAGUGAGAACACUUUCGUGCCAAUCGGUAAUAGAACCGAGGGGCUACACUCGGAUUUGUCCAAUGACAUAUUCGCUUCCCUGAACGUUCCCUCAAGUUCGCAUAAUCCAGAAUCGAUAUCACCCACGGCAGCGUUCCUGAUGGCUUUCCCCCUGGUGUCGUCCUUGAACGGCAAAACCGAGGUUCUAGACGAGGAGAUGAAGGAUGACUUCAAGUAUCACAGUCAGACUCCGCCGAUGCUGUUGCAGAUCGGCACCAUAGAGCCGAACAGUUUCAAAAUCAAGACCUCGCCAUCGCACGCAAUCGCGGAGAAGCGUUUGAAAACAUCCUGUGAAGAAAAGCAAAUUGCGUCUACGAAUGUAAACGCGAAUAACACCGAUAUAAUCGUUCCUGUAGAGUGCUCGACAACGAAGUCGUUGCCAAAGGUAGUGAACGAGGAAACGCUGCGGGAACCGUACAAAAUAGUUCAGGCCGUCCUAACACCGAGCUUGGAGAAAUCGAUCGUGACCACCAGCGUGUUUCCCUCUCAUGCCUCGGUCAAUUUUUCCGCCGUAGACUCGUCGGGCAUCAUAAGCAGUCCCUCAAAUCUAACGACGAAUCAGAGUCGUUCGGGUCAAUUGAGAACGACGAACACAUUGAAUGGUGUUAACACGUCUCAAGCGUCGGUAACUAUCACUGUGUCCACCGACAAAAAUGAUAUCGCAAACUGUACGUCGUCCCAAGUGGCGACCAGCCGUCGCAAUUCCGAAGUGGCAUACUCCGGAUCGCAAGAUUUCUUACCCAGUUACUCAACGAUAGCAGGCAACGGUCUUGUCUCACUGCAACACACGCAUACGUCCAACUCGUCUAUGUUAAAAAAUGCCGUCGUGACUACACAGGAAUCGAAUCCUGUAGUCGGUCCGCGCGUCGACAACAUCGAUGGCUCUCAGAAUCUGUUGAGCACUCGUCUCGAAAACGCGACAGUGACUACGAAUUCCUCAUCUGCGACCUUGCGAUCCCUUCAAACGGACUAUUCGGCUCAAACGAAGAACAAAGAUUCGUCGCAUGCGAUCUAUCCGCCGCACAAAGAUUCGCUUAUCGAUUCUACGGGUAUUGUUCCUGAUCACCGUGUCGAUUAUGCCAAUCAAAUGGAUCGAGGUCUUCCAGUGACGUCCCCGAGCAUGCAAAGCUACUCUGUAUCAACCAAGGAAUCCUCACUUCCGAUUUUGCCCUCUCAAGAUAUGCAACAUAUGUACAGCCAAAACAAGGACAGUCAUGUUCUUCUAGAUUUGAACGGUUCCCAGCAGACGUUCGCCGUUCAGAAAAAACAAGAGCACGUUAUCGCCAGCUCUCAUAACAAUUACAUCGGAAAUCAAGCAAAAGCGAUGCCGCAAAAGGAUUCCAUAUCGUAUACAACUAGUGAUAACGAAGCCGCGAGCACGACAUCACGAAGUCAGGAAUACGUCACGAAAACAGCAAAUCAAAGCUCCUCGGAGAACACUUUCCAACGAAACUAUCCCAAGCUGAAUAAAACGGAUACAUUAAACAAUCCGAAUCAGAUGAAUCAAGAGACGAAACUUAAUGACGUGCUCGGUUCUAAGACUCAAGAGCAGCAACAUAAUCACUUACGCGAUUCAUCUUAUGUUUCCGCAAAGAAGUUGGAUGUAGAUCUAUUCGUUCAGUCGUACCAGUACAAUGUCAAGGAUGCCAUGAGUAAUCCGAGCGAGCGGACAAACAUCCUGAACGCGAAUACCGAUGACACGCAUAACAAUUAUGUCUCGUAUCCCAGUAAGAACGAUAAGAAGAAUGCCGUCAUCUCGACUGUUGCCAUGACCAACAACAACAACAAGCCAGCAAUAGUGCAACAGAAUGCCGAUGCUGCACGAUAUUCGCAACAAACAUCAUCGUACAUCGCUACAUCUAACUACGAGCAGAGCACGAUGACAGAGAAUUAUGCUAAGUCUACGACUACUGUAGCUCAUAACUCCUCUAAUUUUAGUAUCCUCUCGUGGACGACGUUCUCACCCGUUAACGGCGGUAGCGGUAGCGGCGGUGGUGGCCAUGGCAGUAGCAGUGGCAAUAACAAUCUUGUGCACUACGAUCAGGGACAAUCACAUCCGAAUGAUAAUACCGAGGCAAAGACCAUCUGCGAAAAUUACAGCUACAUACCAUUGCACAAGGAUAACUCGAAUUUCACCAAUCAAGUACUAAUCAGUGACAAUUAUCCGAGUAGCUCCACUAUGCCGACUGGGAUUGACAAGUUGCGACAAGGGAAGAUUGAGUCGCAGAAGCAAUCCUUCGUUAAUUCAACCAAAACCAGAAAUGAUCCAUCAAAGCAGAACCGAAUGCAAGGCCAGCAACAGACCAGUAACGAUUACAAAUUCCCCGAUAACAGUAGUAAAAGCAAGAAUAAGUAUGGCUUGGAUUCGGAUUACAUGCAGAACGAAUACGAUGCCGCCAUAGAUCAACAACAGCAACAACACAAUCAAAAAAAUCAUCAAAACCUGUCAUCCAAACAGGACAAGACGGUAUACACAUACGAACCGCAGAUUAACUUCGACCUGGCGGAGAGUAACGUGCAGAUGAAGUACUCGAUCGAAGCUUACACUGGCGUAAACUUUAAGUACGCGGAAAAGACGACGCAACAGCCAAAUCAGCACAAGUACCAGGUUCUCCCUCAAAGUCAGAUUUCUUUACACGAUAGCAGUAAUUACAGCAGUGAUGUGAAGCACAGUCAGCAACAGCAAUCGCACAAUAGCAAUAACAAUAGCAACAAGUCUAAAAAUAAUCAGCAUCAACAACACGCGAUCAAGGCGCCGGUUAAUUGGAUGAUGACACCGGAGAUCAAGCAUACCGAACUUUCUCUACCACCGAUAGUAAAGGAGCUAGAGUUCUGCCAAAAUAAUUUGUUUACGCAAACACCCACGUACAAUCAGAGCACUCCGAAUCAAUUCUACAAUAAUUAUGAUGUAUCUGCUGCUCACACUUACCCGAAUCUGCCGGUUUUACAAAGCGAUCCAAAAAGGUCUACGGAGACAUUCUAUUCCGAGGAGCAACCGUUUCCGUGGUCGCCGACGAAAAGCAAUGUGCACAAUAGCGUCGAGCAUGCAAUCGGCCAGUCAUCAGUUAAAUGUAUCGAUCAACACAUUGUACCGUCGAGUUUACAGAGUUUGGUAAGCGAUCUCGAUCUUAGCGCCAAUUUGGAGAAACAGAACUUCCUAUUUGGUACUCCAACUUCAAGAAUCUCUACGGAGCAGAGUAAAGAUGUGUCCAUAAAGGAAAAAGAAGCGAAUAACGUAUCGGGACGAGAUCUGCAUGCGAUAUUGAACACUCCGAAUACACAACAUCCCGCUUCCACCUUCCUAUCUGUGAGUCAGCUAGUAGAGCAUGAGAAAGCAGAAAAGAGUCAUCAGCAGCAGACACAUCAGCAGCAUCAACACCAGCAGCAUCACCAUCCGCAUCAGCAUCAGCAUUCGCAACAGCAACAUCAGCAGCAGCACCAGCAGCAGCAGCAACAACAGCAACAGCAACAGCAACAGCAGCAGGCUAGAAAACAUCAGAGGAAGAGUAAUGCGAGUCCUAGAACCAACAAGCGGCAAAUUGAUAUUCGUAAAUCUGCGACGACCAAUGAUAACAAUCUGCAUCAACGACACGAAGAACAAAAAUCAUCCGGGCAUGUAUUCACGGAACAGGGAUACCAACCGUCACAGCAGCAGCAACAACAACAGCAACAAAAAUAUCAACAGAAUAACAUCCACUGGAGAAGCAGAAACUGCAAGAGCAACUACACCGCAGAGGCGUUGAUUGGUACUAGCAUUCACGAUACUGGCGGCCAUCAAGACAAGCACGCAUCGAUUAAAUUCACGAACUAUCCGCAAAAUAAAUUCCAGAGCGGUUUGUCCGCGGAUGCUGCGGUAAUGCCUAUCAAUUACUUUUCCAGCGCACCACCACCGGAUGACGGUACCGUGGCCGGUUAUAGUCAAUCGGUGGUCAAUCAGAAUUUCAAUACGUACGCGUACUCGUCCAAUUCCGCCAACACUAUCUAUCCUACCAGCAACCACUUUAUCACCAGCAUUUCCAACACAUCUAACAGCUACAUGGCUAUGCCGUUGCACGAGAAUGCCGUCGAUUACGUGCAGGAGGCCAAUAGCUUCUUGUUACCGAAUGUGGCUGGAACGAGCAGCUCGUCGAGCACUAGCACCGCAAAUACAUCCAGUGCGAACACGAGUUCCACCACGGCUGGAAAUGCCAAUGGAAACGGGAAGAAUCAUCAGCAUUACGGAAAGCAUCCCAAUUGUGACAAACGUUCGUACUCCACUGCCACGAAGAAGGGCAAGCGAAAGACUCUCGAGAGCGGUCCCAUGCAGAACUUGGAGUUUCCGCUGUCUGGAAUCAACUCUCCACUGGAGGACUAUCACCAUUCGACGUCGUUCCUGGCGCCGCCGCCACCUCCACCCCCACCCCCACCACCACCCCCACCGCCGCCACCGCAUGCAAAUCCUCUCUACCAGAAUCAUCCGCAAACGAAUGUCUACGCCAAGACUGUCAACGGUCUUCCACCGCCUCCGCCUUCAGCCAUGGCGAGCGCACAGGGCGUCGCAACCGUAGGAGCGACCAGUUUCUCCAUGAACUCCAAUAUGGUUCGCGGAGGAAUCGUCUCGAGCAAUCCGAUGGCUAUGCCACAUCAUCCUUCAGGCACCAGUCUCACCAAUUUUAAUUUAAGCACGAUAUUUCCUGAAAUGAAUGACAAGGUCACCGGAUAUAAAUCCUCAAAUGGUAUACCACCCGGCCUAUCGCAGGCAUCCAAUCAGUCUGCGACCUAUGCGCAACGAAGUAAUUAUCCGUCGAACUCUCUGUGUCACUUGCCGCAGGUUUCGGAAGGUACGCAAUUCAUUAAUACUGUUCCACCGCUAUCCGUACCUCACGUUCCUUCUCCUGCCACCCCAUCCUUCCCUCACGGAGUAAUCCAUUAUAAAAAUCUAUGAUGUUUCAUAGUUUGUGAUACGAUCCGUCAUUUGUAUAUAUGUAAAUACUAUUUAUCAUUCAUUAAAUUAAAAAGACGUUGAUGCAAAACAAUGUAUAUAUGAUAAUUUAUGUUGGCAUGUUAUUUAAAUGUCAACUUGAAAAACAAUAAUUUGUUAAGUUACGACUGAAUGACUUUAUUUCAUCAGAUUAAAUGAAAAAUUGUACAUCAAA